CGCUCCCGGCCCCGGCCGGCCCAGCCCCUUCCCUGCGGGGGCUGCACCGGAGCAUGGAGCCGCAGAAAUCCCGGGAGAAACCCCAGGAGAAACUCCAGGAGCAGCCCCAGAAACCCCGAGAGAAACCCCAGGGGAAACCCCGGGAGAAACCCCAGGAGAAACUCCAGAAACCCCGAGAGAAACCCCAGGGGAAACCCCGGGAGAAUCCCCAGGAGAAACUCCAGAAGCAGCCCCAGAAGCUCCAGGAGAAAUCCCAGGAGAAGCCCCAGGAGAAACCCCAGGAGAAGCUCUGGGAGCAGCCCCGGGAGCAGCCCCGGGAGCGGCGGGCGUCGCGGCCGGGCCGGAGCCGGGUGCCGGGCCGGGACCACCGCCGGUACUACCACGAGCGCUGGCGCGCCGAGUACCUGAUGGAGUUCAACGCGGCGCGGCGCGGCAUGCGCUGCCUGGUGUGCGGCAGCGCCCUGGCCACGCUCAAGCUCAGCACCAUCAAGCGCCACAUCCGCCAGAAGCACCCCUACUCCGGAGCCUGGGGGCCCCGCGAGAAGCAGCUGGUGCUGCGCUCCUGGGACGCCCACCCGGGACGGACCCCCCGGCCCGAGGGACCCCCCGGCGGCGCCCACGGGACAGGGCCCUGUCCCCCGCUGUCCCCGCUGCGGCGCUGGCUGCGGGCCGAGCUGCGCCUGGACCUGGAGGCCGGGGGGCUGCGGCUGCGCUGCCUCCUGUGCGCCCGCGCCCUGCCCUCGCUGCACCUCGGGGACAUCCGGCGGCACGCGCUGGCCGCGCACCCCGGCAGCCUGCGGGGACACCGGGGACACGGCGGGGACGGGGACGGUACCGCCCUGCCAGCCCCCGGUCCUGCCGAGGAGGAGGAGGAGGAGGAAGAGGCCGCAGGGGGGGAGGGGGCCACAGGAGCCCCCCCCGCCUGA